AUGAAGCCGCUAUGUCGCAACGGGCUGACCUAUCGCGACCCAGCCCGUUGCGAUACAGCUGACGUGUCGCGACGAGGCUGUCAUAUUGCGGCGGGGGCGGCGGGGUAUCCCAGUGUCUGUGUGUCCCCCGUGUCCAUGUGUCCCAUGUCCAUGUGUCCCCAUGUCCAGCCCGCCAGCGUGGCCCUGCGCAAGCAGGAGGAGGAGGAGGAGAGCAAGCGGCCGAAGGCCCUGAGCGACAGCUACGAGCUCUCCACCGACCUGCAGGACAAGAAGGUACCCCGGGGACACGCGGUGACGGCCCCCGCCACCCCCCUGCGGCGGUCCCCAGCCCCGAAGCCGGAGAAGGGGAUCCAGUACCUGAUCGAGAGGGGCUUCCUCUCGGACACCCCGGUGGGGGUGGCCCACUUCAUCCUGGAGAGAAAGGGAUUGAGCCGGCAGAUGAUCGGCGAGUUCCUCGGCAAUCGCCAGAAGCAAUUCAACCGCGACGUCCUCGACUGCGUGGUGGACGAGAUGGACUUCUCUGGGAUGGAGCUGGACGAGGCCCUGCGCAAGUUCCAGUCCCACAUUCGGGUGCAGGGGGAGGCCCAGAAGGUCGAGCGGUUGAUCGAGGCCUUCAGCCAGCGCUACUGCGUGUGUAACGCGGCCCUGCUGCGCCAGUUCCGCAACCCGGACACCAUCUUCAUCCUGGCCUUCGCCAUCAUCCUCCUCAACACCGACAUGUACAGCCCCAGCGUCAAGGCCGAGCGCAAGAUGAAGCUGGAGGACUUCAUCAAGAACCUCCGAGGGGUGGACAACGGGGAGGACAUUCCCCGGGACAUGCUGGUGGGCAUCUACCAGCGCAUCCAGAGCCGGGAGCUGCGCACCAACGACGACCACGUCUCCCAGGUCCAGGCCGUCGAGCGCAUGAUCGUCGGCAAGAAACCGGUGCUGUCCCUGCCCCACCGGCGCUUGGUGUGCUGCUGCCAGCUCUACGAGGUCCCCGACCCCAACCGGCCCCAGCGCCUGGGGCUGCACCAGCGCGAGGUCUUCCUCUUCAACGACCUGCUGGUGGUGACGAAGAUCUUCCAGAAGAAGAAGAUCCUGGUGACCUACAGCUUCCGCCAGAGCUUCCCCCUCGUUGAGAUGCACAUGCAGCUCUUCCAGAACGCUUGGGCGCUGGGAGCCGCCCCGAGCCCACAGGACCGGCUACGCUUCGCCAGCGACCUCCGCGAGUCCGUGGCCGAGGUGCAGGAGAUGGAGAAGUACCGCGUGGAGGCGGAGCUGGAGAAGCAGAAGGGGGUGUCGGGGACGCGGGGUGGGGGGCCCCCCCGCGAGGCCCUCAACGGCCUCAGCCGCAGCAGCCUGGAGGAGGCCUUCGGGCCGGGCGAGGGGCUCAAGCGCAGCGCCCUCAGCAGCUCCCCGCGGGGCCUCUCCCAACGGGGCGAGUGGGGGACGCCUUGGUUAUCGGUGGCCGGUGAACUGGAGCCCCCCGAGGACUUUUUACCCCCUCCCGAAUGCCCCGUCUUCGAGCCCAGCUGGGCCGAAUUCAGCGACCCCCUGGGUUACAUCGCCAAGAUCCGCCCCAUCGCCGAGAAAAGCGGCAUCUGCAAGAUCCGACCCCCUGCUGACUGGCAGCCCCCCUUCGCCGUGGAGGUGGACAACUUCAGGUUUACCCCCCGCAUCCAGCGGCUCAACGAGCUGGAGGCGCAGACCCGGGUGAAGCUGAACUACCUGGACCAGAUCGCCAAAUUUUGGGAAAUCCAGGGUUCUUCGCUCAAGAUCCCCAACGUCGAGCGACGCAUCCUCGACCUCUACAGCCUCAGCAAGGUGGUGAUGGAGGAAGGGGGGUACGAAGCCAUCUGUAAGGACCGGCGGUGGGCUCGGGUGGCCCAACGCCUCGCUUACCCCUCGGGGAAAAACAUCGGCUCGCUGCUGCGCGCCCACUACGAGCGCAUCAUCUACCCCUACGAGAUGUACCAGUCGGGGGCCAACCUGGUGCAGUGCAACACGCGGCCCUUUGAGAGCGAGGAGAAGGACCGGGAGUACAAACCCCACAGCAUCCCGCUGCGCCAGUCCGUCCAGCCCUCCAAGUUCAACAGCUACGGCCGUCGGGCUAAACGCCUGCAGCAGGAGCCGGAGCCGACGGAGGAAGACAUCGAGAAAAACCCGGAAUUGAAGAAGCUGCAGAUCUACGGGGCCGGCCCCAAAAUGUUGGGGUUGGGGCUGGUGGCCAAAGACAAGACCCUGCGUAAGAAAGAUAAAGACGGUCCCGAGUGUCCCCCCACGGUGGUGGUGAAGGAGGAACCGACGGGACCCGAGGCCAAGGUGGAGCCGGUGUCUCCCCGCGCUUACCUGGAGGGGAAGGAGGAGCUGCGGCACAGCCCCGAGCCCUGCACCAAAAUGACCAUGCGCCUGCGCCGCAGCCACAGCAACAGCCAAUUCGGGGGCGAGCCCAAGACGUGGUACGGGGUUCCCUCCUUCGCGGCGGAGCACCUGGAAGAGGUGAUGAAGAAGCUGACGCCGGAGCUGUUCGAGAGCCAGCCUGACCUGCUCCACCAACUCGUCACCCUCAUGAACCCCAACACCCUCAUGGCCCACGGUGUCCCUGUCGUACGGACCAACCAGUGCGCCGGCGAGUUCGUCAUCACCUUCCCCCGGGCGUACCACAGCGGUUUCAACCAGGGUUACAACUUCGCCGAGGCCGUCAACUUCUGCACCGCUGACUGGCUGCCUGCCGGCAGGCAGUGCAUCGAGCACUACCGACGUUUGCGCCGUUACUGCGUCUUCUCCCACGAGGAACUCAUCUGUAAGAUGGCGGCUUGCCCCGAAAAGCUGGACCUCAACUUGGCGGCCGCCGUUCACAAAGAAAUGUUCGUGCUGGUGCAAGAGGAGCGUAAACUCCGCAAAGCGCUGCUGGAAAAGGUGGGGAAACACCGGGGGGAACCCCCCAAAAAAUUGGAGGGGGCUGCGGCGGGGCUGAGGAUGGUGGUACCAGCGCCCUCGCUGACGGUGGAGGAGCUCCGCGCCUUCCUGGAGCAGAUGAACCAGCUGCCCUGUGUCAUGCACCAGAUCGGGGAGGUCCAGGCCUUGCUGGAGCGCGUGGAGGCUUUCCAAGCGGAAGCACGGGCAGCACUGGAGUCGGCCCCCCCAGGACCAGGGGCUCUGCGCGGGCUGCUGGAACGAGGAGCCCGGCUGGGUGUGGAGGUGCCGGAGAGCCGACGGUUGGAACGGCAGCUGGCCCAGGCCGCUUGGUUGGAGGAGGUGACGGCCACCCUGCGGUCCCCUCGUGCCCGCGUCCCCCUCCCCGUCAUGCGGGGCCUCAUUCAGGCCGGACGGACCGUCGCCCCCAGCCCGGCCGUCGACGUGGCCAUGGCCGAGCUGCAGGAGCUGCUCACCAUCGCUCAGCGUUGGGAGGAGAAGGCUCAGAUGUGCCUGGAGGCCAGGCUGGCCCCCGGCGCCGCCGCCGGCUCCGACAGCAGCAAGCGGCUGAAGUGGCGGCAGGAGCCGGGGCUUUACAAACUGGACGCCGAGAGCUUGGGGCUGUCGGCGCAGGAUCUCCGCGACCCCGGCGCCGUGAUCGUGGCGUUUAAAGAGGGGGAGCAGAAAGAAAAGGAGGGGAUGCUCCGGCUACGCCACGCCAACGCCCAAAAAGCCGCGCCGCCCCUCCCGGGUCCCGGACCACCCUCCUGCGUCUGUGGGCAACCGGCGAGCCCCGGCAUGCUGCAGUGCCAGCUCUGCCGGGACUGGUUUCACGGUGCUUGCGUAGCCUGGCCCCGCUUGGGCUCUCAAAAACCCUCUCCGGCUUGGUGGGAGUGGGACGCCAAAUUUCUCUGCCCUCUUUGCCAACGAUCGCGGCGUCCUCGGUUGGAAACCAUCUUGGCGUUGUUGGUGGCUCUGCAGAAGUUACCAGUGCGGUUGCCGGAGGGCGAAGCCUUGCAGUGUUUGACCGAACGAGCCAUCACUUGGCAGGAUCGCGCCCGUCAGCUCCUCGCUUCUCCCGACGUGUCGGUGGAGAACGGCGAUGCCCCCAGCCCGGAGAAGAACGGCCCCCUGCCCUCGGAGCUGGAGGCGCUGAGCGCGGCGCUGCCGCGGCUGCAGGGCCCGGUGCUGGAGCUGGCGGAGGGGGCGCGGCGGCCGCUGGAGGAGCUGAUGAUGGAGGGGGAUCUGCUGGAGGUGACGCUGGACGAGGCCCAGAGCAUCUGGCGGCUGCUGCAGGCCGCCCGGCCGCCCCCCCUCCCUCUCUUCCGCCUCCUUCUCGAGCUGGAGCAGGCAGAGCGGCGGGGGGCUCGUGCCCGCGGCCGGGACCCCGAAAGACGUCGGAAACGCCGGGCGGAACGGGGCGACCUCCCCGCCCUGGCUAAGGAGGAGCUGGAGCCAAAGAGGAGUCGGGGUCCCGAGGGGGGGACCCCCCGGGACAGCCCCCCGCCUGGUCCCCACGCCCCGGGGAGAUAA